AUGCUCAGCCCUCCAGUUGACGUGAAGACUGAGUACGCCUGGGGUCAUGCGAGCUUGCGUGGUACACGUCAUCACGUGACCCCUAAGCAUAACUGCGAGACGGAUUUGCUGAGAGAUGCAGGUGUUAAGUUCAACAUGGUUGCUUCCUCUUUGGAAGAUAUCUCCCCUGAUUCUGCCACCCGUGAGAUCAGGCUCUCAUGUUUGGACAGGCAGAGGAGUUUGCUUUCUGGGAUUUGUGUGAUUGGUCCCUUGGGGGCAGGUUGGCAUUUUGCCUGCCCUACCAUGGUGUUAGCCAGUGAUGUGGUCCAUGAACACAGUGGUGACAGCAGUGUUCUUCAAGGAAGAAAGAGAAGUGGGAGAUCUUUCCAGGGUAGUUUUGGCAGGAGGAAUGGCCACUACGAGGAGAAGCAUAACGGGUACAUCCUCCCGCCUUCAAAACUGCAGGAGGAUGAUGGAAACGUGGAGAUGAGGGAUGUCCAUGAGGACCCCAAAGUCAGAUACAGUCCUUAUGCCACCCAAUGCAACAAGCAGAGAAGGAAAUGGCGUAAUGAAGGCAAAAUCCAUGUUGCUGUGUGGAGGGAUACAAACCGUAGAGAGAGAGAGAUGGAGCAGGACACUCAAGAUGGAGCCAUGCAGAGCUGGUUCAAGGUCACAAUCCCCUUUGGGAGAAAGUAUGACAAGACAUGGCUAAUGAAUUCAAUUCAGAGACAUUGCAUUGUGCCCUUCACCCCCAUCGAAUUCCACUAUGACAAAAAUCGGGCCCGGUUCUUUGUCCAGGAUGCUAGGGCUGCCUCUGCAUUGAAGGAUGUCAGCUACCGGAUUUGUAAUGAAGAGGGCCGAAAGGUGUGUGCUGGAGAUACUUCUCAUGUCAAUCCUUCUUCUAUACCUUACUCUGUGCAGAAUAAGUUCACAGCAGAACAAAUGGAGCAGCUAAAGCUGACCAUGAAAAAACGAUAUGAUGUCUCCCAGCAAUCCCUGGACCUCCAGAAGCUCCGCUUUGACCCAGACUUGAAGGGCCAAAAAAUUGACAUGGUCCUGAAUCGAAGAUACUGCAUGUUUGCCACUCUGCAGAUCAUUCAAAGGAAUUUCCCUGAGCUGUCAUCCUUGAACUUGUGCAACAACAAACUGUAUGGGCUGGAUGGCCUGUCCGAUGUGGUAGAGAAGGCUCCCCAAGUCAAGAUCCUGAACCUCUCCAAAAACCAGCUGAAGUCGGCCUUGGAAUUGAACAAGCUGAAAGGGAUGAAGCUGGAAGAGCUGUGGUUAGAAGGGAACCCCUUUUGCAGGAUCUUCCUGGACCAAUCUGUCUAUGUAAGUGCCAUCCGGGAUUGUUUCCCCACGUUGUUACGCCUGGAUGGCCAGGAGUUAUCCCCACCAGUUGCCAUUGACAUCGAUGCUCCUGUGUUAAUAAAUCCCUACAAGGAAGGGUAUGGGGGAUCUGAGUCCCUAAAGAAUAUAGUUCUGCGAUUCCUGCAAGAGUAUUACUUGACCUAUGACUAUGGAGAUCGACGGAGUCUCCUCAGUGUUUACCACGAUGAGGCCUGCUUCUCAUUGACCAUUCCCUUCAAUCCCAGCGAUCCAGACCCGAACAGCUUGUGUGACUACUUCAAGCACAGCAGGAAUAUGAAGAAUCUCAAGGAUUCCUUCUUGCAGGAGCAGCUGCUGAAGCACAAGAAACUUGAUAUUGUGGACUCCCUCAGUGUAUUGCCCAAAACUCAGCAUGACUUCAGUUCCUUUUUCAUGGACAUGUGGCUCCAGAUGGAAACGAUGCUCUGCUUUUCUGUCAAUGGGGUGUUCAAGGAAGUGGAAGGAAAGUCCCAGGGAUGUGUUCGUGCCUUCACGCGGACCUUCAUUGCUACCCCUGGCAGCAAUUCAAGUCUAUGCAUCGUGAAUGACCAGCUGUUUGUGAGGAACGCCAACCCUGAUGAGAUCCGGAGAGUUUGCCCCAUCCCGUUGCCCACAAUCUGCUCCAGCUCCAAGCCCACCCUCUCUCAAGAGCAGCAGCAAAUGGUGCAGGCUUUUUCCGUCCAGUCUGGGAUGAAAGUCGAGUGGUCCCAGAAGUGCCUUGAGGACAAUGAAUGGAACUACACCAGAGCAGGUCAGAUCUUCACUACGCUCCAGACUGAGGGCAAGAUCCCAGAGGAGGCCUUCACAAAAAUGCCCUAA